CGAACAUAACCUCAAUCCAGUGUUUUGAUUCAGCGAAAGUUGUUGAUUAGUGAAAGUGCACCAAGUGAAAACCGCAAAGGACCCUCAAAGACUAAUAAGUGAUCGUGUCACGCGUGAAUUCUAUUCGAGAUGUUGUCGACGCUCAAGCAGCCGAACCAGUUCGACUAUAAUUUGCCGGCUUUGUGGCUGAAACCGCUGAAAUGCGCGGUUUGUUCCAACGAGUUCGUCCUGAGAUCGAAGAAUGCUCGUCGACCGCUUCUGAUGAAAUGCUUCCAUAGCGUAUGCGAUCGCUGUUGCAUGGGACCGCGUCCUAUCCUUUUGACUUGCAACAUUUGCAAUAAAGUACUACGCGUGGAGAAGCACCAAGCGGUACGUGAAAUCCUGGAUACAAACUACUACGUGCUGGGAAUUUUGAGCUACAAGGAAUUCAAUCUGACCUACGACAUAAAUUUCGUGGAUACACAUUCGCCCACUGAAAAACGCAAUGAACGCGAGAAAUCAUCUUUGCAAGAAUGUAGCGAGUGUAAUGAAGCUUUGACAAAUAAUUUCUGUGUACAGUGCAGCGUCCCGUAUUGUAAAAGUUGCUUCGAACGCGUCCAUCAGCAUGGAAAAGCCUUGCAAAGGCAUUACCUAUCGCAUUUCGAUCAACGCGGAAAGGGGACAAUUAGAAUGGAGAAUAAAAGAUGCCGUCGCCAUUCCAACUUCAUUAACAAAUAUUGUUGUGAUUGCAAGCAAGCAAUGUGUGUUUUAUGCAUUUUGGAUGGACAUGCCAGACAUAAGAUAUCGACUUUAGCGGAGGAGAAUCAUAAGUCUCUAGCGCAGAUUGCGAGUCUAGUGGAAACUGUGAAGGCAGCUAAGAAUGCAAAUAAGCAGGCACAAAAGGAUGCAAAAUUCAUUGCCAGAAGAUAUGAAGAGUAUGCCACCGAAACCAUCGACGAUAUAUCUCGUCACUUCAUUUAUCUCCAUGGAGUCCUGCAAAGUAUCGAACGCAACGUUUUGCUUCAAGUGAAGGAUCAUGCAACUAGAUUUUUAUCCAAAAUUCAGCAAUCUCAGUCAGCAUUGAAGAAGGGCCAAGAAGCCUUCGAGGAUAUUUUGAACACUUUGGAAGGGACAAUGACUCAACCUCCUGCAAAUUAUACAGUCGGCAAUAUAGUUGAAAGGACCAACAGUAUAUUGGAGUCGACGCCAUGCAAUGUUGAAUUCAGUGGCGUGAACAGCAAUCCGUUCUUAUUUGUUGGUCUGACCACCGAUUUUCCCAACCUUUAUGCACUUGAAGUGGUUUCCCAAGAUUUACCUCCAAGAAUUCACACAUAUUUUGGCGAUACAAGUAGCAUGGAGAGAUCUACGCAAUCUUCACAACGUAAUAAUUCAAAUAUUGCCUCCAGUUCGACGAAUAGAGCUAAAUUAUUUCCCAGCCCACCUCGAAAAGCUGUUCAGCCUCAACAAAAAGGCAAAAACAAGAAGUCGAAAAAUAAAAAGGCAAGCGUAGAAGAUACACAAUCUAUAAACUCCACAGAUAGAAAUAUAUUGAGCAUGCCGAAUACGUCCUUCGGUCUAAAAAAUGCAACUGCACAAAAAGUCCAUGUUUCUCAUAUCAAGAAUCCAGAGAAUUUCUACGUCCAGGUUCAAAAAUUCCUAACAAUUGAGAAUUCUUUGGAUAAAUGUAUCACGGAGGAAGCGGAAUUUGCGCCCAGUCCAGAUUAUAUUGAUUCUGGAGAAAUAUAUCUGGUUUUCAAUGGAGCAAACCAGACAUGGUAUCGGGGUGAAGUUUUGAAUGGAUCUCCUUCGGAAUUCUAUAAAGUGUUCUUGGUUGAUUUUGGGAAUUCGAUUCAAGUCCCAAAACAAAGAUUUCGAGUUAUUUCCGAAACUCUCAAGUCAAAACCAUAUGGAGCAAUACAGUGCUCCCUAUACGGUGUGAAACCCAUCAAAAAUGAAUGGAACGACAGAGCCAAUCAGCUAAUGUCUGAAAUAAUUAUGAAUGAAAUAGUAUCUAUGAUUGUCUACAAGGAAGAUACUAUUUGCCAAGUAGAUCUCAUCACAACCCAUCUCACUUACCCUACGUCAGUUCGAAAUGCUUUAAUUUUUGCCGAACUUGCAGUCGAUGAUCCAAACUUACCGACAGAGAUGCAAAAACGGGUACAACAACUCAGCAAUGUGAGGAAAUCUCUACUGACUCCGCCUACUGAAAAAUUCUACAAAAGUGUGUUCAAAGAAGGUGAAUCCUUCCGCGGUAUUGUCCUUAAUGUCAACGAUCCCCACGAUUUUUACGCAAUUAAAUAUGACCACAAUGGCGUUAUGGACAACCUCUACGAAGAACUCAAUAAGGAUUAUCAGCAACCGCAGCAAAAGCUUUUCACGCCGCUCGUGAACACGCCUUGUGCUGUUUACCUAGAUGAACGUUGGCAUCGUGCAAAAAUAACGAAAAUUUCGUCAAAGGCAAACUGCACCGUUUGGCUGGUAGACAAAGCUCAAUCUCAAACAGUUCCGUACACCCAGCUUCGAACCCUUCAACCUAAAUUCCUAUCAAUAAACGAAUGUGCAUUCCAAUGCUCUCUCACCGACAUCGAACCUCAUCAAAAAUUUGGUUACGCAUGGACUCCAAGCGCAAUAGCUGAAUUUAAACGAAUCAUCCAAAAUCCAGUCCUUCAAAUUAUCGUUCAUCGUACACAAAACUUCUUGCAUCAGGUGUGUCUGUAUAUCAUCAAGAAGGACUUGGAUGUCAAUGUGAACGCUCUCCUGGUCAAAUAUAAACACGCCAACUCGACCGGGCCAGAAUCGCAAUAUGUGGAGUAUCCGAAGUUGAACGACUUGGCGAAGGUGGACGAUGACAUCCUCAAUGAGAUCAAUUUGAUGGAAAUGCAAAUCAAUGAUGUGAAAAAACCUGCAGGUAAGGUUCGAUCAAAAGUGAAAAUUUGUCACAUAGUUUCCCCUGGGGAGUUCUAUCUGACUAAGGUGGAAAAUCAAGUGGCUAUAAGCAAGUUCCAUGAAGAGAUACAAUUGUCCAGGAGUAAGGAUGAAGUGGCACCGGCAAAACCUUACGAGAAUGUUAUUGAUGACGAUGACCUGGGGGCUGAAUCGAAAUGGAAAAUAGGGAACUAUUGUCUUGCCAAGUUACGACUAAAAAAAGAUAGCUCUCUUCAAUGGUAUCGAGCUGUCAUCACAGAAAUUAUAGAAGGAGACAACGGUAGCCCCAAGUAUACCGUUUUUCUCCGAGAUCAUGGUAAAACAUUCCAAGAUAUUCCCAGUGAGCAAGUCGCACCUAUCCCAGGUGUCUACAAUAGAGUAUGUGAUGGAGCCAUUAAAUGCUUUUUGGCCUGUAUUCAACCCACGGGAGGGUUGAGCACUUGGUCAGGUUCCUCAAUAGACGAAUUCAAACUGAUAACCACGAAAUUUGAGAACCUGGCGGCUUCUAUCCAAGGAGAGUGCCAGGGGGACUCUAUCCCAGUUAUUUUAUGGGGACUGAAGCAAGAAUGUACUGAUCCGUUGGCUCCGACUGUUUAUAAAUGGGUGAACAUUAACAAGUAUCUAAGCAACAGUGGAUUGGUGCACCUCGUUGAAAAAUUCGCUCCCAUCACUGAGAAAAACGCUCUCAACACUGACGUCCCCGAAGGCGGUGAGUCCUUCAAUGAAUGGCUGAAAAAUUUAAAUACAACCGUGGAUCGAACUCUAAAGGAAACUGGACAAAUCACAAUUUUGAAACAUGACACGGAUUUUGAUAUAUCCCAAGAGGAGGCGGUUAUAGAUACCGAUGAAGGAGAGGAAUUCGUCACUUGGUUACCAGCUAAGGAAAAUACUAAAACCGUGUUCAUGGGGAUCCCUACAUUCGUGGAUAACGAUGGAGUUAUUUACCUAUACGACGCCGCGAAGAAGCAAGUGUUCGACAAUAUCAGCAUUGUAGUGAACAAAGUAGUGAAAUCGACAAAGCCCACGACGGACUCGUUCUGGUAUGUUGGUCAGCCAUGCCUAGCCCAGUACAAUAUCGACGGAAAGUUUUAUCGAGCGGUAAUAUUAGAAACGAAACCUGAUCGCAGGGUGAGUGUCCAAUUUGUGGACUAUGGGAACGUUCAAGAGUGUUCGGUGAAAGACCUACGGAAGCAGGUUGUUCUGACGCAAAUUCCGAUUCAGGUGACAAAGUACCGAUUAGACGGCAUUAUCCCAAGUGGAGGGAAGGCAAAGUUCUCUUUAACCGAUCUUGACUUUCUCUACGCUAACAUUGUUAAUAAGCAAUGCGCUGUGAGGGUCUCACCGAAUCAGCAAAGCGAGGAAAUCAAGCUUUGCUCUAUGAAAUGUGGCCCUAUUGACAUAGCGGAGCUGCUAAUUGAGUCUGGAUUCGCCUGUAAGUCACGCCAGACGCCUAUUGGCUCUCCAUUUCUUGAUGCGGUGAUGGCUGUUGGAAAACGUACUGCACGUAAAGCACGUGCUGCCAGACUCGAGAAGCAACGUUCCAAAGAAACAACUGAAGAUGACGAAUUGGAUAAAAAACACGAAGAAGUCGACGAGAAAUCCGAUGAUGAGGAUAUUAUUAUUGAGGCUAUAUUAGAGGAGAAACCUGCUUCGAAAAAUUCUCGAGAUGGCAUUGAAUUAGAUGUGGAUAACUAUCAGGAGCUAUUUGAGAAGAUUGACUUGGACAAUCUUAAAACACUAGGACGUAACUUUUCGGACGAUAACUCGGAUUAUGAUGGUCGCGAGGCUGAAAGCACAUAUAAACCAAUUUAUUGUCGUCACGUGGCUAAUGACAAUGCAAGCGACGAAAGUGAUGGUGAAGGACUUGUAAAGGAUAUUGAUGAAGACGAAAACAUGGCAUUAAUCGAUCAAGCUGCAGCUGAUACGACCCCCUCUUCAUUGGACACAAAAGAUAUGUCCACCUCCACCAAACUCACAAAAGGAAAAAAACGCCAGUUUGAACCAUUCCAACUGCAAGUCCUUCCGGAAGAUUUAAAAACAUUCACCGGUGAAGUGACAUACAUGAUUGAUUGCACCCUGAUUGCAGUCUAUCCCCUUAUUCCGGAACACAAGAAGCUCAUCGUGGAACUAUCCAAGGAUAUCCAAAUAGCAGCAGCUCUCGCCCCCAAAAUAAAAUCAUUUGAGCCCAACACACCAUGCCUAGCCAUGUUUAGCGAGGAUAAGAUGUGGUAUCGUGCCAUGAUACGAUCCUAUAAUCCUGAUGAAAAUACAGUAGAUGUAGUGUUUGUUGAUUUCUUCAAUGCAGAAUGGGUCCCGGCCAAGAGGGUUCGAGUGUGCCCAAGUGAUCUCAUUAAAGUUCCUUUGCGUAAUUUGCCUGUGAAGUUAGCAGGCUUAAAACCUAAUCCUAGAUGGAGGGUUUCUGAUAUUCAAAGGAAAUUUUCAGAAUUGGUCGUAGAUCGCCAAAUUUUCAUUAAAAUUGUGGACUAUGAAGGUGAAAUUCCCUUGGUGGAGCUAUAUGAGGAUGGCUAUGCUGAUGAUCUCUUGUAUGAGUCGUUGUUGACGGAGCGUUUUUAUCUCAGAAACUAAAGCGAAGCAACAAUUAUUUUUUCUUUCUUUACAGUUAUUUCAUAAGAAUUCCAUGUAAUGAGUUUAUAUUAUAAAAUAAAUGUGAAAAAUAAAGAACUUCCUUCAAAA